AUGAACUUCACAGUGCUGCGCAAGAUCGCCGAGGGGGCGUGUGCGGAGGUGUUUCUUGUGCAGCUGAAACAACAGGACGUGGUAGCCCCAACCAGCGAGGAGGACAAUCUCGCGGUGCUGAAGCUCGCCAAACCAGGCUGCGAGGUCCCCGCCAUUGUGGAGGCGGUGGAGCUGCGCCGUAUCACAUCACACGGCACACACCCGCACAUCGUCGCGGUGUUCGGCUACUUGGAGGGAGAUCGCAUCCCGCGCGGCCUGCUGCUGGAGUACUGCCGCGGCGGAUCGCUGGGGGACUACCUGCGUGGCGCAACCACUGCUCGACACGCCACCGCCCCACCAGAGAGUGAGGGCUCUGACGAUGACAGCACAAAUAACGGGGCAAGGAGGAAAAAGAGGAGGGGCAGCGGCUGCAAUGUGACGAGUGAGGCUGCAUCAGUCACCAUCCCCGUCGCCGUCGCCCGACGGCUAUUCAGUCAACUCCUGGAUGCAUUGCUAUUUCUUGAGACAAUGAAGCUGUGGCACCGCGACCUCAAGCCCGAUAACAUCUUGUUGACGUCGCCUGAUGUGUCGGAGGCUUCGAUUAAGCUGUCCGACUUUGGCUUUGCGCGCCGAACUCCCUUGAGUUCGCUGCGCAGCGGGAAGACAAGCGCGGUUGGCUCGCCGGCGUUCUUGUCACCAGAGCGUCUGCAUCAGUUUGUGCUCUCGACGCGUGCUGUCACGACCAGUGACGCUGAGGGCCCCGCUUCGUACUGUCGCAGCAGGGCGGAGGUGUGGGCCGCGGGACUCAUCUUAUAUUCGAUGGUGCGCGGGCGCUACUUGUUUGGUUCUGUGCGGUCCGUUGAAGAGCUGAUGGCGGCACAGGCCAACGUUCAGACUACGUUGCAACACGACAGGGGCCUCUGCGAGCCAGGGGCAGAGGAGCUGUUGCAUUUGCUGCAGUCCAUGCUCCAGCCUGACCCGGCGAGACGCGCAGAAUGGCAGGUGGUGAAGAAUCAUCCGUGGCUCUGCAGAGAAACCGGAACCGUCACUGAGGCUACUGCUUCUGCUGUUGAUGCAGGUACCGCUGUGCCACGCGGAGUAUCGAAUAGAAGUAGGAUGCGAUUCUCCGCCGUGUCGAGUGGGCGGGUCGAGCCGGAGCGGGUGGCGUUUUACUCUUGUGUAUCGGAGACGCAUGGGGACAAACUGUCCGCGGUCCAUAACGUGGACCAACUCAUCUUCAUUCCGCUCGACGAGGAGGAAGAGGAAGAAAGCCCAAUAGAACCCUCUUCGGCGUCAAGAAGGGGCUCAUCCUGUACGAAUCACUCCGAGGGAUCUUGCAGCUCAUUUAUUUUUAUUUCUGCCAAUGACUUCGUCGCUGCUUCUGCGCCUGAAGGCAUUUCCACCAAUAAUGAUGUGACACCGGCACCAGUGGCAACCGCGCCGCCGGAUGAUGAAAGCGAAAAGAAAACUUCAACUGAAGAACCACCUUGGGAUUUUUGGACAACGGUAUCACAGCUGUUCUUCAGUGGUGCUGGCUGGUUUACGAAAGAGGCCUGGACGAGUCCCUAG